CACUUUCCACAGACAGGUCAAUGCUGUUGCGGUGAUGAUCGGUUAUCUCGCGGGGAUUGCCAUCAUUGGUGGCAUUUGUACAGGCAUGUAUAUUAAAUUUGUACUACCUGCAAAACUCCGGAGCAGUGCUGAACCUUGCCCCACUGGUCCGACAGCAAAAGAUCCUGCUGCAGUUCGUGAGUACCAACUCAACCCUCUCGCCUCCCUCCCGCCGGUCCCCACUGUCCAGGCAAAACUGGAGCUCCACCUUUCAGUUCAUGGGUGUGAAGGCCGCCUCAGUGGACCAGCCAGAACACGAGUGUCAUCGGAACACCGGCCUUACCACCACCACCUUAUCCCUUACAGAUACCCCUCUCUUCAGAAGAUCUAUUUCUGAGUGAAUGCUCCUCGUCUCCAGCUUACUAUACUGCUGGAAGAUAUACACUUGAAAACUGAAAGGGACAAAGAAAACGUUUGUACAAUGAAAUACGUCACCACAACACAGCAAAUUGAAGUUAAAGACGCUGUACUGCAGCACCCGUGUCAAACAUAUCACCAUCGAAUAACCAUUUCUUGUCUCAGUGGUAGCCAUCAUAAACAAUA